GACCCUUCUAUUUAUUACUCCCAAUCUAUUGUUCCAACACAAGAAAAAGAACACAUAACAUAACAUAACUAGAAAACAUGGCAUCGGUGAUUAAAGUUGUCGCUCUUUCUGGCUCCCUCCGAAAAGCCUCCUACAACACAGGCCUCAUUCGCUCUGGUAUUGAGCUAACGAAAGGAGACGUUGAAGGCGUGGAAAUAGAGUUGGUUGAUAUUUCGGGUUUGCCUUUUGUAAAUACUGAUCUUGAGAAAGAUGGGAGUUGGCCACCAGAAGUUGAAGCCUUUCGUCAUAAGAUUCUCGCAGCUCAUAGCGUUCUCUUCGCUUCCCCAGAGUACAAUUACUCUGUUUCAGGUCUUCUAAAGAAUGCAAUCGAUUGGGCAUCAAGGCCACCAAAUGUUUGGGCUGGUAAAGCUGGUGCCAUAGUAAGUGCUGGAGGAGGGCAUGGUGGAGCAAAAUCACACUAUCAUCUACGCCAAAUUGGAGUCUUCCUAGACAUUCAUUUCAUCAAUAAACCUGAAUUCUUCAUCAAUGCAUUCCAGCCACCAGCAAAGUUUAACAGUCAUGGUGACUUAAUUGAUGAAGAUGCCAAGACUAGGUUGAAGGAAAUCAUUCUGUCCUUGAAGGCCUUUACCCUUAGACUUCAGGGAAAAAAUUGAAGCAACUACUUCCCAAACUUGUUCAAAUAAGCUUUGGAUUUUGGUUCACUGCAUAUUGGAAUAAUAUUUUAUUGUAUAUUAUUGGGGGACUCUUGUGCCUCCAUGGCUGUAUGACAACUGUGAUAUGGAAUCUCAAUACACAUAUUUCUUUACUUAUA